AACAGAGACAGAAAGAGAACCAAAGAGAAAGAGAGAAACACCAUGGUCCAGAUCAAGACUACUUAUACUACUAAACAACCUGUGGACAUUGAUGCGCCAGCUGAGAGAGUGAUCGACUUCUUGCUCGAUGUGCAACAGUGCUCCAAGUGCUAUCCAUUUGUGGAUAAGGUCGAGAAGGUCGACACCAGCAACAAUGAUACAACGUUCAGAUGGACGAUGCAAGAGCGUCGUGUUGGCAGCAUCCAAAUGAAGGCUACACAUAUCAGCAAGUACCAACGCGCCAACAACACUGUGACCUGGGUGAACGUGUCCGGUGGAAACAUGUCCUCCACGGGCAAGUUUGUCAUCACUACCAUCAACAAUGCCAAGUGUCAAGUGAUUGCAGAGUCCACUGUUGAGACCGACAUGGAGAUCCCCAAGCUGCUCGUUGACUUUGCUAGCGCCAUGGGUCAGAGAGAGAUGGCCCAGUCGUGGGAUGCCUACCUCAUCUCAAUCAAGAAGACAGUCGAGGCUGGUCAAGUUGUCAAGGUCGACCCAACUGAGGACGUCGUCGUGAAGGACAAGACAUUCGAGACUGUUCGCCUGCAGGAAGACUUGAGAACCAAGAACUACCAGACAAUGGUGUCAGACUACUAUGACAUUGUGACUGAGACGUACCAGAGUGGCUGGGGCAAUCACUUCCACUUUGCCCCAUUCAGCAGCUCGACCGAGUCGCUAGAGUCUGCCGUCACACGUCUGGAGCACACCAUUGCCGACCAAGCACGUAUCACCAAGGACAGCCACGUGCUGGAUGUUGGUUGCGGUGUUGGUGGCCCAACGCUCGAGAUUGCCAAGUACACCGGCUGCAAGAUUCGUGGCCUCAACAUCACAAAGUCCCAGGUGGCCAUCUGUAAUGAUCGCGCCAAGAAGCUGGGACUGUCGGACCGUGCUUCCUUUGACCACGGUGACGCCAUGGCCAUGCCCUACCCAGACAACACAUUCGACGUCAUCACCUUCUUUGACUCGACGUGCCACAUGCCCGACAAGCAGGCCUUUGUCAAGGAGUGCUACCGUGUACUGAAGCCAGGCGGUCGUCUCUCUGGCUCGGACUGGCUGCAGUGCGAGAAGCCCACCGAGAAGGACAUCGUGCAGUUCAUCGAGCCAAUCUGCGCGCACCACUCCUGCCCACAUCUGGCCUCGCUGGACUCGUACCGCUCAAUGAUGGAGAAGGCCGGCUUCUACGUUCACAUUGCCAUGGACCAGAGACAGUGCGGUGACAUCCUGCGCAACUGGGAGAUCCUGGACCACAAGACCAUCAACACGUUCAAGGCACUUCCCAAGGGCAGCGUUGAUCCAACCAUCGAGAUGAUGAUCUCUGGUGCCAUUGCCUUGUCUGAAGGUGCUCGACAUGGUGCAUUCAUUCUCGGACGUUUCCUUGCCACCAAGGAUGUUCCAAGAGUUGUUGUUGCC